AUGCUCUCUCGUUGUCUGUGUCUCCUCUCCUUGGUUGCUCUCUCGUCGGCAUGUGACACGUGGCCGAAUAGUACCGAAACGAAGGUUACCUGGUGGCAAUGUUCCAGUGGGCCGGUUAUGGUCACUAAUGUGAAUCCAACGGAUAAGAAGGGUACCUACGAAUACCCAAUCCGUCUUACCGAACCUCUUCUCAUCGCCACCACCAUCAACGACCCAAAAUCCACGUAUUCCAGCCCUGGAUUGAAGCAAACUAUCAAGGUUUGGAGUUGGAACCCAAAUACUUGUGGAUGGACAAGCGUACCAACUUUUGGAUUACUGAACAACAUCGACGCGUGCUCCAACGGUGUCCCGUGCCCAAUUAAGCCAGGAAACAACCAAGUCGUCAAUUUGGAGCUGGACUUCUCCGACACUCCAGCUAUCAUCAAUUUGUUGAAGAACGACAAGCCCUACCAACUCGAGUACCUGCUCCACGAUGACGUCACCAAGGAGGACUUGUGUGUCAUUUUCCAGGCCAGAGCUCUUACUCAUUCUUAA